AUGGAGCGUAUCAAUAAAAAGUUUGGCAGGAUGAUGAGCAAAGGCCCGGGGGACAAUGCCAAAGUAGCCAUCAUGCUCAAGGAGUACGACGACGCCGACAAAAUGCUCGCCAAGAUUGUCGAGAGCACGCAGCAGCUUCGAGAUGCGUGGGUCAACAUUGCCAACACGCAAUGGGGUAUGAUGAAGGAGUUUGAAGGCCUUUACGACCCCAUCGCCGGCGCCACGGAAGGCCCGCGCCGUCCCAGCGAGCCCACAUCCGACCUGCAGCUCAGCCGAACCUUUGCCCUGCGUGAAGCCUACGCCGAACUCAAGGACGAGCUUCUGCAAGAGGUCGCCGGUAUCGAUGCCCAGGUCAUCCGCCCGGCCGCCGAUGCCCGUGACUACAUCCAGCCGAUCCGCAAGACGAUCAAGAAGCGUGAGAACAAGAGACUCGACUACGAAAAGGCCCAGGACAAAGUCAAGAAGCUGCAGAAAAAGGUGGACAGGACGCCCAAGGAGGACGUGGCGCUCGUCAAGGUCGAAACCGACAUGGCCAUCACUGGAGAGGUAUGCGCUCCUGCUCUCCAUCACGCGCCCGUUGUCUUCUCGGUGAUAGUCCUAAUCCCCUGA